AUGGUCCAGGGCGUGUCUGAGAUGGCGGCGCUGUGCGUGGGCCUGGUGGGUCUGAUGGGGGCGGCCGCCGUCACCGGGAUGCCCAUGUGGAAGGUGACAGCCUUCAUCGGAGAGAACAUCAUCGUCAUGGAGACGCGCUGGGAGGGUCUGUGGAUGAACUGCUACAGACAGGCCAACAUCAGGAUGCAGUGCAAGGUGUACGACUCUCUGCUGUUCCUCCCUCCAGACCUGCAGGCUGCCAGGGGCUUGAUGUGCUGCUCUCUGGCCCUUUCAGGGCUGGGUCUGCUGGGGGCUCUUGCAGGGAUGCGCUGUACCUCCUGCAUCCAGGACAACGACCGCGCUAAGACCCUCAUCCUCAGGGUGGCGGGAGGCAUGCAGUUACUGGCCUCUAUCUGUGUGUUCACCCCAGUCUCCUGGAUGGCUCACACCAUAAUCCGUGACUUCUACAACCCCCUGCUGAUCGACGCCCAGCGCAGGGAGCUGGGGGAGGCUCUCUACAUCGGCUGGGUGACCGGAGCCGUCCUCUUCACCUCGGGGCUUCUUUUCCUCUGUCGCCGCGUCCCCUCCGCCUCGUUCGAUAUCUACCACCCAGCCAACAGGAUCAACAAACCCACCCUGACGCGGUACCAUCCCAUCUCCAGUGUCCCUAGCAUGAGGGCUAACCACCAGCCCGGUCUGAACCACCAACAAAGUCACGGCUUCGAUGCAUACCAACACCACCAAGCUCCAAUUCUUCAUAACUCGCCUUAUGGACAACAUGUCAUGAACCCUUCUGCUGCCGUGGAUGACACUAGCUUGGUGGAGAACGUUGGGCCGUUGGUCUAUCAUCAUGGCAGCGCUGACGGACACCAUCCCUCCACCUCUAACAGCUCCAACUACGUCAGCAGCCUGUCCACUCCGGGUAACUCCCUAUACAUCAGCCAACAGACCAAUCCAUACUCCACAGUCAACAGACCAAUCCAUACUCCUACAGUCAACAGACCAAUCCAUACUCCUACAGUCAACAGACCAAUCCAUACUCCUACAGUCAUCCGGGAAGCCUGUCUGCUUCACACAACUCCAGUUUCCAAGCCGUACCUCAGAAUCCUGUUUUCAUCGGGUAUAAGGGCUCCAGAGUUCAACCACUGCAGUCUCACCACAGUGGAAGCAGUGUUGGUGUGUACAUCUGAAUAGACUGCAAAGAGACCAGUCAUCUUCUGAUACUCACUUCACCUUAACCAAUGCAUUUC